ACAGAGCAGGAACCUGACUUUAGCAGUGACGUUUCCCGUCGGUCCGCUUUCUGUGUGACGCAGUAGAUAGCCGCUUGGAGAGUGACAGGAGAGCAGCUAGUUGUUGACAUUUUUUCUCAGCCUGUAUAUUUUGUAUUUCACAGAGUGAAAAAUGGACGACAAGGGGUGUCCAAGAUGCAAAACGACCAAAUACAGGAAUCCGUCUCUGAAGCUGAUGGUGAAUGUUUGCGGGCACACACUGUGAGUAUUUACAGCUAAAGAGGAGCAUAUUUAACGGCGUUUCUGCUUCAUAUCGCGCAAAAUGACACCUGUCUACUCAAAAAACUCUAAAUAGGGAGUUUAAGUCAUAAAUAUGAGUAUUUAUAGUCAGCUUUAAAGCUUAACUGCGAGGCGGACAAAAAAGCGUUAGAGACAUUGAGAAACUGCACGAGCUCUCUGCAGAUAAAGAAGCUGUAAACCAACAAAAAUCUAAGUUUUAUAAGAAAAUAAUACACUAAAUGAUCAUUGUGUUGUUAAAAGACAAUAUAAACAGUGAAUGCUCAACCCUGCUGAUCAUAUUUAGCAAACACUGUGGACCUUUAGCUCAUAAUAGCACUUACUUUACUGUUACUGAUAUCAAAAAUGUAAUGCCUUUCUGAAAAACUCCAUCAAAACUGAAGACUUGGUAUUAAGAAAUGUGCUGUUAUCAUCGGAGCCUAUUGUUAAGGACCAAGAAAUACUAUUUUAAUACUAUUUUUGUUAAAAUGUGCAAAAGAAAUGGAUGAUUAGUACACACCAACUAACCAAACAAAUAAACAACACUCCAACACAUCAGCUCAGAUUCUACUUUUAUUUUCCCUCUUAAUACUGAGGACAUAGUGGGUGACAGUAGUAGUGUACUGAAGUGUGUUAUAUUAACGGGUGUUUCUUAUAUUUUUUUCCACUUUCAUAACAAACCAAGGAGAGCAACAUGUUAGGAACACCUUUUACUAUAAUGCACUCCACCAUGCCACCAACACUUGCUUUACAGAAGUAAAGCUCAUGCUGGAGCUGUCCUAUUGAGUUGCAUUUUAACACCAGGGUGCUCAUAGUGCUGUAGCUGUUCUGUGGAUGUCUGAAAAACUCCUUAAAGUUUGGGAAAAAAAACAGUUUUCUAAAGGCUGACUGUGAAACAAACAAUUUUAACCUACUUACUAUUCUUCAUGAAGUCAAGUUUGCUCAUUAAGUUACAGAAGACCCCCUCAAAUACUCUUUUGUUAACUCAGUGCAUUUCAACUUUUUUUUGUAAAGCAUCUUUUAUUCAUAAAAGCAUGAAGCCAAAAGUUCUUCACAGUUGCAAAAACAGAAAUUUGUGAGAACUAACAUAGAUAUACAUAAGAAAAGUAUUUGUUCAUGAGCAAAGCUAAAAGCAGACAAUAUUUGUAAAAAAAUGUGUUAACAAUUAGAUCACAAAUGUAUAAUAUUUAAAUAUUAUAUUGCUAACCUUAUUGUUUUCUAUCAAUUCAAUUCAGUUGUGCUUUUUUGGCAUGAAAGUCAAAAUGCUGUAAAUGAAUCAAAUUCAGUUAAAAAGUAUACAGGUUAUACAUAUGACACAGUAAAGUCUACACGCAGUUAUAUCACAGUGAAAUAAAAACAGAGUGUGAGUCAAACAGCUCCUCUGUGUUUGGGCUCUAACUGUGUGGCAGGCCCUCAGGUUGUGUCAGGCAGAAUCACACUGAGCUGCUAAAGGAGAUGUUGGUCCUCCACACAGGAGGACUGGCAGCUUCAUUCCAGGAGGUUUUACAAAACCUGAACUGUGUGACUAUUAAAACUCAUCAAUUUUUUUUAUACCACAGUUUUGUUUCAAUCUAAAGUCAGCACUCAGUUAAACAUGUUUACUGAGCAUUGCCUGGUCAUCUGUUUGAAAAUCUGCUCAUUCGAACGAAGGGGACAUGUUCUCUACGAGCAUCAUGCAGCGACAGUAACCUGCCUGAUGAGAGCAUCUUUUUUCAACCCUGUCUGUUUAUUGACCGUAGCGUCAGGAAGUAGCCGUGCUUUGUCAUCAGGUCAGCGAGCUCAUAACUCACUGCCUCUGUCUGGAUGCAGGGCCACACACAGAAAAUUAAAAUGAUUCUGCAAUGAGGCAAUAUGGAGAGAUGUCCUAGUCCAGGUCACCUUGGAUUUGUUCCUCAGAGCUGGUGCAACUGUGUAUUAAUGCAGUGCUCGGAAACUGCUGCAUCCUAAAACUGUUUUCGGAUACUCAAAACUGAUGUCAUUUAUCUUUCUGUUUGCAGACAGGCUUACUAAAGAGAUGAUAUAGACUAAGAAUGAGCAGUGCAGCUACUCAGUACUAAACAAAGUGAGUAAAAAGCAAAGAAAAUGUAAAAGAUAUGAAUUGAAAAAAUAGCAAUGUGCAGAUGUAGAUAUAGUUAAAUAUAUGUAUUCUCAAACUCCCAAACAAGCCCAUACAUCAUAUAUCAAGUGGCAUGCAUGGUUUCUGCCUGAUGCUCAGCUACUUCUGCACAUUAUGAGAAUAAUAUGUAAUGAAUACUGUAAUGACUACAUUAAAUUCUUUAAAUCAACGUAUAGCAAAGAGCACAUAAAGCCUGGUCUCUGUGUCUCCAUGUGUGUUAAUACAACACUGAUCAAGGAAGCAUAGCAGGUGAAUGAAAAAUAGUUUUAAAUAUUAACAAUUCAUCAUGACUUCUGUAAUGUUUUUUGUCAUGUAUACUUAGAUUGUGGGAAUAAUCCAAUUGUGAUUAUUGUGUGGUCCUACUCUUAACCGUUGCUGUUUUUAUCAGAAAAAUGAAAGUCUAAAAUUUAGUCCUACGAUAUUAUUCGCAUGUUUCAUCACCCUUUUAGAUUCGCUUUAAGAAGUGCUUAAUAGUUAUUCAGGGCUGCUUCUCACAGCUCAAAGUGCCAGUCACAUUCACUCAUUCACUGCACAUUCAUAUACAGGUGGCAGAAGAUGCUGUAAGGCAGUUAGAUUUCGUACAUAAUUUAGAGGUCAGCGUCUUGCCCAGUGAGGCAAGUGCUGGAAUACUUUUCUUUGUAUGAUACCAAUAAGGAAACAUAUGUUUAGAUUUUCAGAUUUCUUGGAAAUAAUGUUGACCAUCACGCUGGAAGUCUGCAAUUUGUUUACAUUAGCUUCAUUAUAAUAUAAUUUAUAAACAAAAUAAUGAACAUUAUAAUAUAUACACAAUGUAAGUGGUAAAUCUUGCUGCACUUUCACUCGCCCAACUGGCUGUUAUCCUCUCUUUACAUUACCCCUGUUGAGCAUUCAUUCCAGCCUGAGCUGACAGGGCUCUUCUCCGUGGCAAUGCAUUGCAGUAUUGAGCCUCUCCUCCUUUAGCAUGCAUCUAAAUAUAAACCCCACCACAGCACAUUUUGUAUCCUUGUCACUGGGGGCAUUUGAUGCCUGUUAUUUAUUACCUUUUGCACAAUGACACCAGGCAAGUGUCCUUUGGCAUUUGACACUGGGCACGGUCAGGCUCAAAAGAUAGUAGCAUAAGCAUACAGUGGGGAUUAGAGGAGUCCACCCAGUGAAUCAAGAAUGACUGUAUAGACACAUACCUCAUUAAGUAGAGGCUAGCUUUCUGCUGGUGUUAUACAGGAGUAGAAGACUUUUUUUAGGUUAGGGUGCCACCAAAAAACCUCUGAGGGCGAUUUAACUCAGUGGUUAAAUCAUGAAUCCCAUGUUCAGAGGCUGCAGUCCUCAAGCAGGUGGCCUGGAUUUGAUUCCAAUCUUCUGCCUUCAGGCAUGUCACUUCCAGCCCUCUCUCCUGGCCCCUAGCUUUAUCCACUGCUGUAGCCUCUCAGAAUAAAGGCAUAAAAAGACAUAAUUUACAACUUAAAAAACUCCCAGCUAAGUACUUACAGCAAAAAACAAUAACUUUGUCAUCCCAAAGUCAAAGACAUAGAUACGCUGGAGAACGGCUAGCAUGGCUUUGUCCAAUGAUCACUUAACCUGUUGUAGACCUACAGCUCUUCUUUAACUCCUCAGUUUAGCAAUUGUAGAUUUAAAGAAGAAGAUAUUAUGCACUAGAUAGUAAGCUGUGAAGUUUUUAUCUUUUAGCGUGACUCGCUGAUUCCCUCCCUGUUUACAUUCUCUAUUCCAUGCUAAGCUAACAGCCUGUCUGUAGCUUUCUAUUGAGCAGACAGGCAGGAGAGUGUUAUUGAUCUUUUUCUUCCAGGUCUGGGUGAAACAGCUGAUAACCAUAUUCCCAAAGUGUUGAAAUAUUUCUCAAAAAUAGAUUUCAACUACAAGACCCAUUAGGCGUCACUAUAAAAAGCAGUGCAUUAGCAAGCUUGAAGUUUUGGCGUCUUUGUUGCUUAUAGAGAUCCUCACAAUCCUCAGUCAGCUUUUUUCAUUUUUCAGAUGAAAAUGAUUUUUUGUCACGACAUGUUUUUGAACCUGUGUGUCUGUCUGCCCACUUUGCACCUCUGUAAAGUACACAGAAUCACAGCUUUAUUGUUUUUUAGUUCACCCAAGCUUAUCUACACUCUCUGUGUAAGCAACUGACUGAGGGGGCCUCAGCAUUUUUUGCCUGUGCUGCAGCCGGUAUAUUAGGUCACAAGGCAGGACAGAGCGCCGAAGCAGGUUGAGAUUUGAUGUAGAACCCGCUGGGCUCUGUCUGGACUCUUUGGAGAUGAUGAACUUUGUGGGAGAAACAAGUUAGUCCUCCUCUUGUUUGUUCAAAGUGCUCUCCUUUUUUUUUGCUUUUUCUCAUAAAUGAAGAUGGCAAGGAUGCAGGCAAUGUCACCAAGGGCCUUGGAGUGGGGUGGGGGAGUUCUUUGCUGAGCCAGGACAGUGAUUCCCCUCCUCCUCUUCCCACCCCCUUCUUUGACCUGCUGACAGCUGCAGAUGGGAGAGAUAGGAGCCUGAAGCUGUGAGUAGGACAGGUGAGUGAGGGAGGAGUCGGGAGCACUCAGUCAGCGACAACAGCCUUGGGACACAGAGAUGGCGAGCUGCUAGAGAUCUGUCGACUUACUUUAAAGUCUGUUCAGAACGCCUUGGCAAAGGAUUACUGAGUCCCCCCCUUUGAUUGUAAAUUGCAACAGGCACACCAUCCAAAAGCUGUCACUCAGAGAAGGCAUAUAUCAGAGGAAAGAUGGCAAAUUGACUCUUAAAAGUCUCCUCCCUCACUCUUAAGCGUUCAGCCUCUUUGCUCUAGAGUUACACAGGAUUUCCCCUCGGAGAGUUCUGUUGUGUGGUCCAUUUAUGGGGCAGGGGGCAAGCUACGCCCUACUCCUUACUCCAUGUUGAUGAAUGGGCUCUUUGUGGGCCUGUGGAAACAAGCCGAAUCCUUCCAUCUACCUCCAUAUGGUCAGGCCUAUACAUCUCCUGCAGCCUGAGGCCAUGGUGCACAUCUGCCUCUUCCAGGGUGCACUUGAGCAGGAGGCUCCUCAUGCUGGACAACGCAGAUGUUCCUGUCCAUCGUUCUGCUUUCAUUCUCGUUUUGUGGCUUCAUCCAAGCCAAGCCAAAUUAGUCCCCUGCCAUGCUUCAUCUAAGUUUUAUGUGUUUGUUGUGCGGCUGAGAAAGCUUGGUGACAUACUUGGCAAGUUAGGCUUGUUUGACCCAUAACAGCCAAACUACACGGCUCUGCACUUUCUCCUUUAACUGCUUUUUUUGUUGUUUUGAAUCCUGCUGAUGAGGUGAAAUGUCUUGCAUGAUAACUUUGACUGUGAUUGUUGUAAUAGGCCCAAUCCCCUGGGAGCUUUAGACUAGACACCAGAGUCUCAAGUCUAAGACUUAACUCUGGAAAGAAAUGACUCAAGCAUACCAUCAAUGACGUACGAUGCCGUUUCCCGUCAACUUCUCUGUAUUUUAUUAUAAAAUCUGUCAGUGCUCAAAAGCAGAUAGUACCAUUUGGAAACCAGAUGUUGCCCAUUUUAGUGAAGGUGGUCACAAGCAGGAAGGUGAAUUCCUGUGGAAAUAAAGCUCCACUGAGACUUAAUUAAAAGACCGUACUGUGCAAACGUUUAUCCAGACCCUCCACCCUGUCAGGGGAGAUUAAGGAGCAUUCCCAUUGUCCUAAACGUCCACUCCUCAUUCUAGUGUGACUGAUUGGUAAACGCCUACCUGCAUAUAGGUGUGAUUGAUGGCUAAGCUAAGGGUUGUGCCCUCAGGUAACUUUGACAGUAGCCAUAGCUUUCUGUCAAAAUGGUGCAGAGAGUAAACUUUGCUGCUUAGAGCAGGAUCGAACCCAAAAUGCACCACCAGUGUCUGCAGACCGUUUCUGCCUUUUUGUUCAGAAUUGGUCACAGCUCGAGAAACGUGCUAUUUGCUGAAAAGAACCAAAAGACCAAAGGACACCUGAAAAUCUCAUCAUGACUGCUCUGGUCUACCACUUAUGUGGUCUUGGAAAACAAUCAUAUUCAUUUAAACACAGAUUUAAAAUUCUUACUUUAAUCAGCACCAGAUGAGAUUUGCCCAGAAUUUAAAGAUCUGUUCUUAACCUGUGUAGCUUCCUCUCAUGUCGUGUCAAGAAUGAUUUAUGACAGAAAAGGGAGGACCUUUGGAGUUUCUUCUGAUGUCAAAACUUUUACUUUUUUUGGAUAAAUGAAAGCCUUCAGAAAUGAACAUUUAUCUCAAAACCCUUAAACUCUCAGAGGAAGGACGUUUCAAAGAUUUCUUAUUUGGGCCUCAGUUUGAAUUCUUUGCCUUUUUUCUAAUUACAUAAGAGUCCACACUAAUAAUAAUAGACUACACUGUAAACGACUGGAUUUUAUCACAUUAUGCAACGUGGCAGAAUGAAUGAGGUCUGUUGAAAAAACAAUAACGCAAAUGUUUUUCCAGUGCAGACAGACACUCCACUGAUGGGGUGUCAGACUAAUUUCCUCUUGUCUGAGAGUUGGAAGCAGCCUAAUCGACAUUCCAAUCAUAAUCCCGGCCAUCUUUGAGCACUCAAGAGGAAAUAUUCAUGUGCCCCAUUAUCACCCACUGUGCCUGAUGAUAACUUGCAGACAUUUGAAAAAAAAAAAAAAAACUCGAACUUGCUUCACUCUGAGGAAAACUGUGUUUCAGCUGCCAGAAAUGCCAACACAUGCUCACAGCUGGCUCUCAAGGCUGCCUGGGAGAUUCACCACCUAGCUUGAUGAUGUUUCCUAUUUGUCUCCUCUUCCUCACAGAUGCGAGAACUGCGUGGAGAUGCUGUUUGUGCGCGGCUCGGGUAACUGCGUGCAGUGCGACACGCCCCUGAGGAAGAGCAGCUUCCGCGUGCAGCUCUUUGAGGACCCAACCGUAGAUAAAGAGGUGGAGAUACGCAAGAAGGUGCUGAAAAUGUGAGUGAAGUGGAGGGGGGGGGGUCGAGGGGUGCGGCCCUGCGUGUUUAUGUGUCAUCUCAUGCCUCCUCCCACUUCUUAAGCCACCUUUGUCUUUCUCAUUACGCUGUUUGUUUUGUAGACAAUGAGGCUCCCCAGGGGGGGCUCAAACGGGAAGGCUCUUUCCCUGCCAGGUUUUUACUUCUCAGCCCCUCCCUGCCUCCCAUCUCUCCCUCUCAUCUGUGCUUUAAUAGCCCCUUAAUUGACAUCUAAUGGGUGUCUAUUAGAGAGUAUGCAGACAUGGUAUUAUAAAAUGGUUGAUUUAAUGGAAGCUAUUAAUGUUGGUGCAUAUUUGCUUUUAUCUGGUUUUAUUAUUUGUGCCAUUGUUCUGUUCUUCCUCUGCAGAUACAACAAGAGAGAUGUUGACUUUCCCAGUCUGAGAGACUAUAAUGACUACCUGGAGCAGGUGGAGGACAUAGGUAGGGGGGCACCAGCUUAUAGAUUUUGAGAGAACAGAUUCUGGCUGAAAUUAUCAUUUCAUAUUGACUCAGGCCGCACAGAUGUUCUAUAGUUAUCAAUGUCAACUAGUAGGCGAGGAUCACAGCCUCUACAGGCGUCUGUUAACUUUAUUUAAAGAAGGAAUUUACAUUUUAAAAGAGGACAUUUUGUGUGUGUGUCACUUUUGACCAAUGUGAAGUCAAAGGACUGUGUGGGACAGAAGAGACAGGGCCAGAAAGAGAGACAGCAAAUGUCACAUAUCCAGUUUCUGUCAUGCAGUAAUGACUUUCACUUCUUCAUGGAGUAAAAAAAAAACAGCUCCAGGGUCCAAGUAAGUUUUAUGCUAGGAAUUUACUCAUGCUUACUUUACAUAUUUCUCAAACCUUCAUUAUUCCAUUAGAAUCGCUUUGCCUUAAAUUUCCUCUCAGCAGAUAAGGCUGUAGGAGUCAUUUCAAGAUGAUUUCUCAAGAAGCCAGAGAAGGGAAGGCUGAUAGAGUUUUCAAAAGCACCAUAGCUCUUGCGUUUUCUGGCCUCUAUAACCUUGUUUUUGUGUCUUUUACGUAGUGUUUAACCUGACAAACAACAUCGAUGUGGACAACACCAAGCUGAGGAUGGAGCAAUACCAGAGGGAGAACAGAGACAACAUACAGAGGAACAAGGCUAAACUUGUACGUAUCGGAGAAUCUGUCCUGCAAUUGCAUAAAACCUUCCUUAAUUAUGAUUUUAAAGAUUAAAAAAAUACAAGAUUACAAACAUUACUUUCUUACUUUCUCUUGUUUGAGAAAUCAGCAGUAGGGUCAAGAACAUCUUGACAACAUCUACAGCAUCUUUGUCUCAUAUGGUGCGUGAGUUUCUGCAACAUCCCUGUUUUAUUUCCCGCUCUCCUCAGACACGAGAACAAGAAGAGCUGGAGGAACUUUUGUUGCUGGAGCAGCGGGACAACGAGCAGCGGAGAUUGGACGUCCUGCAGGAGGAGCAGAGGCAGCUACAGGCCAAGAGGAAGAAUAAGCAGGCUCUGCUGGAUGAACUAGUGAGGAACAUCCACAGGCUGGCGCAGCAAAAAGCGGCCACAUUAUGACAGAUGCUACAUGUCUGACACUCACAUACACACCCUGAGCCUGAGGGUUCAUGGCUGUGAGAUCAUUAAGAGCUUAUUACCAGUCAUUGUGCCGCAUGCUGCAUUGUUCUCAUUCUGUGAUUCCAAAGCCUCUUGGCUCCAUUGUGUUGACCUGCAGGCUUUGGAAGUGAUUGUUCCUGUAGAGCAGGCUGCCGAAGGACCAUUGCAGAUAGCAGGCUAAGCUGUGUGUUUGUUUGUUUAAGGCACAGGGCCUGUUGACUGUAGGCAGAUGAGAUCAGCUCCCACACCCCCCAGGGGGAACUAUCCUGAGCUCUGACAUCUGUACAUCCCUGUGGCUCACUGUGCUCACACAUAGUGCAGCACAUACGCCAACACAUACACUCAGAUUCCCUGUUACUGCAGCGGCAAGCUGAUCAGUAAAAUAAACCCUUGGAACUUUUUGUUCCUUUCUUAUGUAAACACUAACUUACAAUACUUGGCUGUGGUAUUUGUUAUCAGCAAUAUGGACAUCUCUCUUAAAGUUGUGGGUGAAAUUAGAAACUUUUUAAUUAAACAUGGUCUUUCAGAUUAAGUGCUUUAAUUCACACAGAUCCUGUCAAGAUUAAGUGUCACUCAUGGUGGUUAAAAGUGGGUAAAAUUUUUCCCAUGUAGGCCCCCUCGGACCAGUUUUGUUUUCUUGUUUAAUGCUAGGAAUUUUCUAGACAGUCUUCACGCUGUCGUCCACGCCAUCAAAAAUGUCCUACGUCUAUUGUGAACAGCCUGUCCAAGCUUGUGUUCUUAGACCUCCGUGCUUGGCAACACUCCACUGAAGAAAUUGAAAAGUCCGACCUUGCAUUUAUUGGAGGUGAAGGCAGCACAGUGCGCUUGAGGCAGCGUCUCCUGCAGUGUCACAGUUUUGUUAAUAUGACUUGUAUCAAUAAUAUAGCAGCUAGCCUGAAAGCAGGGAUGGAGCUAGGUCUUAAAUGUUGCAAAAAGGAAAGGUUUCCGCAUAUCAAAGUGUGAGCUGAUGCAUGAAGUUUUUUGUUGCAUGCAUUGCACACCUGAAUUUACAUUCUCAUCAAAGCUUAUAUCCCUCCCGUUUCUCCAGGAGCAGUCUAAACUUCCUGCCACCCUCUUGCUUGCUCAACACAAGGUCCGUGCUGCCCAGCUGGAGACCCAGAUCGAGCAGCAGAAACAGGUGGUCAAGCCUACCAAUCUAUUUUCAACAGGAAUCCAUAUGGUGAGUCUAACACUUACUCACUCUACGACCCCAGUUCUUACAAACACAUUUAACAUGACAGGCUUUCUCUCACUUCUCACAAGGCUUAUCUGGGGUGUACAAUUAGCACCAAGCUGGUGAUUUACAUUCUCAUUUCUCAUUCAUUCACACUCUUUCAAACAGCUCAUUUCCUUUAUUCUGUUUUGUUUAAGUCCUGGCAACUCAUAUAAGCUCUAUCCCAUCUCAAUAUCAAAUUUUGACAAUAACAAUCAACUUUUUCACCAUCUUUUAAAGUGCUUUCUGAAAUUGAGUACAGAUAUUUGUGGCUGUGUUUCCCUGGGGAAUCAAAUAUUCAUAACCCAAAGUGAGAUUUUUUUUUGAAAGUGUAGAAUCUGUAGUUGGGGGUUGGGAUUUUCAGGUGGUUUCUGUUUGUAGUACAAUUGUAGUUUAAGUUGUAAUGACCAAUCAGGUAUCAAGAGACUUUGAUGUAUGCAAGAUAAACAGUCUGUGCAAACAAAAAAGAGCGCGCUGAAGACAAUCCACUGUCAUGAUAAUCCGCCUCUCAUUGAUGGUAAUCUGAAAACAAUUUAUGUACAUAUCUGCAUGUGACAAAUCUGCUUGUCCACAUGGUGCCAAAGCCUGAUUACCUGGAAUAUAUCAGGAAUGAGGAAUCUGAUAUGAUGCUUCGAAACAUACUAAGGGCUUCAUAUUUGUGGACCUUAACUUUCAGGGAUGUGUGUGACAGCGUAGUGUUGCUCAAUAAGGUCAGUUGCACAAACAUGGCAUCAAUGACUUUAUUUGACGCAGAGUUUAUAAUGUAAGCAAACAAUUACAGCUUUGAAGUAGCUUUUAGUAAAUAUUUUUGCUUGGUCCCUCAGCACUUACACUGCAUCAAGAGUGACAAAUACAUAAGGGGACUAAAAUCCCUUAACAAAACUUAAAUUUAUCUUUAUCAGAGUGGGCUUUUCUGUUCCAUUGAGAGUGGGGAGAGCACAGAGUUAAAGAGUUAAACAUGUACCAAAAGUGACUGAGAAAUACCCACACUUCACAUGUGUUGCUUGUUUACAGUGGAGUAGUGAUAACAGACCAGACCCUUAAAGAGAGGAUGUUCCUUCAUGUCUGGGUCUUCUUUACUGUGUGAAGUGAACAGGCCUGAAACCUUCAGUCAUGUCAUCACAUUCCUCUGAGUGAACACUGGGACCCUCAGAGAGAGGAUGGGGGCUCAGGGCUGUGGCUGUUCGAGCUCACAGCUUUGUGCUCACCCUGCCUUCUCUUUGGCUGUUUUUCAGGUUUUCAGUAGUUUAUUUUCAUUUUACUGUGAUGGAGAUAAGCUGUGUCAUCACCCUCACCUCCUCCCCUGCAGCCCUCAUGAGGUAUGCUUGUCUUCCCACAGUUCAGUGGUGCGUGGGAGAGAUAUGUGCUUCGGACUCACCUAGGCUCAAACAGGAGUUAGCUUUAAACACACUCAGGUCCAACUCAACUUUUCCCAUCCGUCUUGGCCCUUCUUUACUAUUGUUUAUUUUUUCACUGGUUAUUGAAUGAUCCUGAUUAAAUUAUCUGAUGCGGUGAUAACUAGAGCUGAUUUCACUCUGAAGCUCAAAAGAGGCAACAGAUUCAUCCACCAUCAGUGGAAAAGCACAGAAAUAAUUCAAAUGGGGGAUGUGGUGCUCUCACUCUCAACCCCUUGAUAUGCAGCAUGAAGUUAAACUUGCUGAUGGAGAGAGGAACAGCAUGAUUUUGUUGCUCUUGGAUUCUUCUGUGGCUGUUUUUCCUCACUUCUUUCUUCCCUCCUCUCUUCAUCCUCCCAACCCUGCGCUGCUGUUGGUGGAGCAGAGCUCCCACCAUGCAUCUGCUGUGUUGGACUGAGACUUGAGUCGGGGGAGGGUGUGGGUUUGGAUUUCCCUUCACCUCUGAGUCCAUAAGAAUGACUUCUGUUUGACUUGGUGGUGUUUCAGCACAGAGCGGUGGAUUCCUGCAGAUUGCUGGAAUUCAUUUAUCUGCUUGGUUGUGGUCCCUUGUUCCAUGCUGGGUUUCAGUUUUUCUUCAGGAGGAAUCAGUGGAGACGAAUGCAAAAACACAUUUCUAAAGCUGGGUCACAUUUACACCAUAUCCAUUUACCCUCCUUAAACUUGUUUUUUGCUCUUCUUUUCAGUGACAGGUAUCUCAACUAAAGCGGAGGUUUUUGGCCUUUACAUUAUCACUUAUUUUGCAGAUUAUUAAUCGACCUGUUUUUUUUAAAUCAGUCAUUUAUCAAAAUAUAGCUUCUGGUGCUUUUACCUAAAGUUUUUAAUUGCAGUUUAGUUCGGGAGACAAAAGCUAGUUUGAUAAUGUCACUUAAGGCCUCAGGCAGUUUCCAGUAAAACAUUACAGCUCCAGAAAAACAAAAUUCAACAUUAAAAGCAGCUAUUGGUCAACAACACAAUUUGAAUCCCGUCCAGUGAAGCUGUGGACUAAGGAGGCCGUUCUAUUUGUGACCGUGUUGGUGCAAGUUCACCAGUCAUAAUAGCAGAAAAACAUGGUGCCCCCUCCUGACACCCCUCACCCAUUCUCGUGCUUCACCAGCACUUAAGCCAGCUGCCUUACCCUGGGCCAAGGUGAGCCGUCACCGGUGGAAUGACAUAUCUGCAUGUCUCUGAGCUGUGCAAUCUAUGGAGCGUGAGGAAGCCGACUCUUCCUCAGUUUCCCGAUGACUCCACUCUUUAUUUAAAGAGUGAUCUAAUGUUGCAUCUAGUUGUGUCAUGGUGUUUCCUGGGAACACACAAGGAGACAUUUCAGCCAUCUUGGCACAUCUUUUCAACCCUGGUGAUUUUCCAGGAGUGAGUUCAGGGGAUUCCGACUAUUCUGAUUCUGGUUAACCUGCUUGGGUGAUAACUUGCUGUCAGAUGGAUGCUUGCGGAAGUUUGCCGAUCCUGGGGGAAAGUAGUCUUGGUCCAGGUGUGAUGUGAUGUGGGACGGGCCUGGUCUUGCCCGAGGAAUGGUCUGGAAUCACUCACUAAUCCCUCACUUUGUAGGCAUUCUAUUGAACCGAGACACACAUACCCGCGUACGGGUGCGUGCACGCACACACAUAAACGACACUCCCCUGAGCCAGUCUGAGUAAACAUCCUUUGAAGAAUAAAGUGUCUUUCUUAAAUAGAGGUCCGCUGAUAUCAAAAGAGACUCUCUGUGUGGGGAGAGGGGCAACUAUUCACCGUUUAAACAGGUUUCUUGUUGUUGUCUGACACACAAGAACAGCUCCAGUGCCAAACAUGAUGACGAAAGUCAUGAAGUCUAGUCUAGUAAUCAGUUUUGCCACCUGCUCAAAGCAAAACAUGGACAUGAAAUGAGGGUGAUUAGCAUAUAAAUCAUCUUUUGUUUGAGCGCUGCAUGAGUCAGAGAAGUUGUUUUAGUAGUUGCUGAUUGUCUUAAAACGGGAUGGCUUUGUGUGUGUGUGAGUGUCUUAGUGUUUGCGUGAGGUUGGCGAUUGUCCUCAGCUGCUGCAGGGUCCAAUUCCUGAAAGCAGUUGACCGAUGGAGAAUCUCUCCACCUUGAAGCAGCUUUCAGCGCCAUCUUAAAUGAAAGGUCCCAGGUUCCAGUGUUGUUGGCGCCCGAUCCACUCUUCGCAGGCUGCGGAGCAGCUGACAUACCUGAUGAGGCCGGCAUGGGCACCUAAUGAAAGCAGGGUGCACACACAAACAAAGCGCAACUCACACUGAUACAUGUGGGUGGAAAGUUUAUCCCUAAACAUAGAUGUGUAGCUGUCUGAAAUAACCUGGGUUCUCUGGCUUUGUUCUAUUCUACUCUUAAGGAGAGGAAUUUAGAUACCACAAAACAAAAACACAAGCGCACACACACACAGACUCUUUCUAACAUUGGGUUUUACCCCAGCCUAUUUACUUGGUGAAGUUGUCCUCCACAGUGACCUCUGCUCUGUAGACAUACCCAUCAAACUCUGCUCUCCUCUGGCAGACUUGACAAACCUGUUUUGCGUGGAAAGUUGUUGCUAAGCACUCCCCCAACCCCCACUCACUCUUUCACUAUCUUCAGUGAUAUUUCCUGUAUUCUCACAUUCACACAGAAAUGGAUUUGUGAUGUUGUUAAGACUUUUUGUAUUUUGAAAUUUUGAGUAUUCACAGGACAGUGGUUGGUAAUUAAGAGGGAGAGCGUAACCCCCUAACCUUUGGCCUUUUUAUUGAAUUGAUGGCAUGUAGGUCAAUAGCUGCAGGGGCUGGUGGAGAUGAGGGUCAUCCCUGAUUGGCACAAGCACAUGUGGGCAUUCACACCUCUGCCCCUGCCUAUGGCUUUGCCUCUGUUUCGGUUGGCCUCAGCAACCCCUUGCCCGCGGGCAGGCUGGCCUGGCCUUGCGGAAAAAAAGGAGUUGUCAGCUUUAGGGGCUUUGCGCCGGGGCAGCUGCCACUGGUCAGGCAGUUAUAUUUAAACUUGUAAGGCAAGGGGAGGCACUAUGUGGGCAGCAGCUUUUACACUUGCUACUUGCUUGCUCAGUGGGCAGCUCAAAGCUCUUUAUCCAUACAGAAGCGCUGGCAGUGCCAGGGCAGAAGGUGGAAGUAAGAGCUGAGGAUGAGAUGCCACAAAGCUCGGCCCUAACAAGGCUUAUUAAUAUUAUCCCCAAUACAACACUGUCCACUUGUCCCCUUUUCAUUGUCCUCAUUAUCACCCUGUGCAUUAGUGAGGAGGGCUUCACUGCCCCUGGAGCUCAGCGUAGGUUAGAAAGGAUUCAGAGACCCCUUUGAAAGAGCAUGGUUUCACACAUGGACUUGUGUGUGUGUUCCUGUAAAUGUUGAGGGGAGGUGCUGAUGGAGAGGUUGGACUCUCAGGGACCUUGAUUUGUCCUGCUGAGCUGCAAAGUCAGAAGAGACGGGGGGGCUGGAGGGUGCUGAUGACCAUGCAGUGUAUGUGUAUAUGAAUGCAGCACGUGUUUUUGGUGGUGUUCGUAGUGGUGGCACAUGAUUUAAAAUGAAAACUUUUGGUCAAUAUUUUAUGGUGCACAUAAAAUCUACCUGGCAGCACUUUGCAUCUUUAAAUGUAAAAAUUAAAAAUGAUAAUGCACAUUUUACAGGUAACCAGAGAGGAUUGUUAUAAAAUAAAUAGAAAAAUAAUGUAUUAAACAUCUACAAAAGUAUUGAAAAAAACUGGCUUUUCAAGAGUUUUGUCUCAGAAUGUAGGAGCACCUCUGACAGACACCUCAUCCAUCAUGUUGUUUAUGCAGGCUUCGGUGCUAUACCUCUGGGGCAGACCACUCAAACCUUUAAAAGACUUUUAUGAGACCCCGUCCCAUAAAAGUCACACAAAUGUCUGCCAUAUCACUCUGUCAGAUGGGUCAACCUUGUUGCUUUCUCAGAUGGAUGGCAGAGUUGAGAAAGGGUAAGGUGACGGCACAUCACAAGCCCAAAUCAACCCCCCUCUGAAAGGCGUAGUGCUUAACAGUUUUUCAAGCCAGCACACCUGUCCCCUUCACCAACACGAGGAUAGGCACCAGUGACGGCUUUUACUUGACCUUUUCAAACAGUUCCACUCCCAGAAAUUGGAGCCGGUAUUACGAGAUCACUAUUACCCUAUCUGGGUCUGAGAUAGGUUAAAGAGGAUCCCCAGACCAAAAGAAGGACGACAACUCCCUCUGGCGCGAUAGUGAUUUCCUCAAAUCACCCGUCCCCGCUGUUUUAUUGAGAUGGAUGGCCCCCAGAGUUUCAUUUUGGUGUCACGGGGGUAUUAAAGGAAGCUAGGAAACAAGGUAUACACAAACUUAAAAGUGCCAUGAGGACACACAUAAUGUUGUGUAGGCAGUAAGAUGGGCCUCUGUGAUGUUAAAAGCAGAUGUUUGUGUUGGCUCUUUCAGUCGUGUUGUUCCACUAGCCCCUCGUUCCUAAGCCAUUUAUUCUCUGCUCGGCCUAGCUUGGCCCCAUCCCCCUUUCUCAUGCUUUCUUCCACCAGAGCAUUUGGAAAACAACAUUCAUGUGCCGUAAUUCAUACUAGCUUUUAAUAGGACGUGAUGAGUUUAUGAUUGAAAGUUUCAACAGCGUCAUUUGGUGGAGUUGAGGACAGCGCAGGCCUGAGGGGACACAGCUCUAUGUCAGAUAGGCAAUCAGUCAGAUCGCCUGUCUUGUCUCAGAACAGAUUAGUACAACAAUGCUUAAUUUUACACAUUUGAGUGAAUAUAUUCUGAAGGACACAGUCUGCUCUUGUGUAUGCACGUCUUAUGCUGUGUUUGUCUAGGAUGAUGUGUCUCUGCCAGAUUUCAAGGUGCCCUUGCAGAGGAAUGCAACAGAGAUUUCUCCAGACUGAGGGUUGGCUGUACUCUGUCUGUCACUUAAAAAAUCUGAUUUACUGCACUUUAGUUAUCUGCAACUCCCAAUUUGCUGCCCUCUCUUCCUUGAAAAGUCCUCAGCUGUAGAUUUUCCCCCUUUAACCCCCUUGGCUUCUCCCUCCACCUCUGUGUCUCUGUACAUCUCUUUGAUUGGCGCAGCAGGGGAGUAAAACAUUGCUGAAAGUCCGAAGGAAGAUGGAUGGAGGGGCUAAAGAAGUGCGAAAGUGAGGGAGAAUGGCUGGGUUUGGGUCGGUUGGUCUGGGUUUCAUUAGCCUGUGGUGGGGCUCCACUGUGUUGAAUGAAUGUAUGGGACAGGAGAGGGGAUCACUGGCACCUUGGGGUUAAAGGGUGACUGAAGACCGUGGAGAAGAGGGUGCCUUGUUUUUUAUUUGUAAGAGAAAUGCAGAGAGGUUUAGAUGGAGGUAUAAAGGAAAAGGCUUGAAUCUUUCCUCCGAUAUCAGACUAGGUGUUUUUUUUCUCCUGAAUUUUGCAUACAGCUUUUACAGACUGUUUGCAGUCGAGUGAAGCCAGUAUCUCUCUUUUAAAACCUUUACAAAUGUCUCAAGGAAGAGGACAUUUAGUAGACAUGAGCAAACUGCAAUAAAGCAGCACAGACAGAUCUCACACACCUGUAAUGUUAUUUAAAAAAACACUCAGUGAAAAAAUAAAAAUUUUUCACAUGAAAUUUCACUGUCCGUUUUUUAUGGGUUUGGGUUGCAUCAACUAGAAACCAUAACUCAAAUCAGUUUAUCCAGUGCAAUCCACAUAAUAUCCAGUUUAUUCACAAGCAGUCAAAGAGGGACCAAACAUGGAUUUCUGCGGGGGAAAGAGACAGAUGUUAUGUGAUGUCAUUAAACAAAUUUUAUUCAAUAAUAAAAAAAAUGUAUUAUUGUUAAUUUAUUAGUAGUGUUUCCCUGUGAAUAAUUUAACUUUCCAAAAACACUUAUUUUUUUGAGUUAUAAUCACAACAAUGGUAUUUUUUUUUCUACAGCACCUUUUAAAAAGAAAUUACAAAGUGCUGAACAAUUAGAAAUAGCUGAAUCAAAUCAGAGUUGUUGUUUUUUUUUUUUUAAAGCAAUAUACCAACAAUCAGGCUUCAUAAUGGCCUAAGCAAAUAAUAAAUCACAACAUUUAAGUAAUGAGUAAAAUUCAGUACUUUAAAGAAAGUGUAACAAAGCCAGCGGUCGAGAAGAGCCAAACUAUAAGAGUAAGUUUUAAGAAGAGAUUUGGAAGAGGACACUGAGUUUACCUGCCUGAUGGUCGACCCCACUUGUGACCAGUCAAGGUUCAGGAACCAAGUUUACAGCCCUGCUAGAAAACCUCAGGUUGCCGUCAGGCUCAUGGGAAGUUAUCAGCUCACAGAUACAGGCUGGAGCCCGGCUGUUUAAGGCUUUAAAAACAAGCAAACAAAUCUUAAAAUCUAUUAUACAACUCACAUGUAUAGUUGUAGUUAACUCCUUUCUGUUUCUGCUCUGAUGACAAAAGAAAUAACCUUUCUGUGUUUUUUUUACUCCCUCUGUUGUAAUCCCUGCUGCUUUUCCACCUGCACAUAUAAACCAUAGCUUCAUACAACAGGUUCAGACCAGUUUUGUCAAGGCAGCCAAAAGUGUUCCCAGAAAAAAGGGGAACAGGAUCUUGGGUAAACAAAUUAAAUCUGAAUUCAUCAUUUUUUCAGCAACAUUGAAACAUGUCUGCAUGGAUAACAUUCAUUAUUUCACGAUAAGAGCGUGAUAAAGGAUGUACUGAAUUUGUGUGUAAAUGUGUGACUGUGUUGUUUGGUUUAACAAGUUUCCACAGGAGCCUGCUAGAGGCAGUCACCACCAUGUUGUAUUAUAAUCAGAAACUUAUUGAUGUCUCAGUGUGCAUCGCUUGGUGCUUCAGUAAUUUCCAGCUCAGCUUUGGUUGUUUCAUUCCCUCGUGGGUGCACUAGCAAGGGCCAAAGCAUGUGUAAAUGCAGGCAGUCUGAGGCCGUGGGGCACAUGUUACUCAUUUAGUUUGGUUUUCAUCAGCUCCCCUCUGUGUUCUGUUGUUUAUAUAUCCCCCACCGCUCUUUUAUUUGCUUUCUCUCUUUAUCUUUUUAUCUUUCUUCUGUCUUCCAGUUCCUCUGCUACUUGCUAAGAAAGUCAGUGUUUGUUUAGACAUCAUCUUUUUAAUCCCAGGUUUGUUUCAUGACUUUGGUUCAUCUUCUGAGUCUUAUUACUCUAAUGCUGGUGAAAGCUUAGUGGUCUGAUGCUGGAAAUUCCCCUUUGAUGGCAGAGCCCCAAGUCGAACAUUUCUACAGUGUCCUCAAGAAGUAUCAGGUUUCCUACUCCAUCUCUAUGGUCAGGAGUAGAGUUGCCUGACUGGAUUUUAAACUUGAAGAAAUUUCGGACCAAAAAAAGAGUUUUUCACUUGACACUACAUGGGAACCCAUAAAUGUAACAGUUUUAGCUUUAACAAUAAUAGCGAUAACUUUAUUAUUGUCGUUAUCAUUAACCUUAGUCAACUAAAUUUAAUUGAGACAGAUUUCUUUUAUACGUUGUUUUGUGUAUUGCUUUUUUGGUUUCAGAAGAAAACACCAAAGACGAUAUCUUAUCAGAAAUCUGUUAUUAUUUCCUCAUCAACCCCACUCAUUUUUUUCAUGUUACAUUUUGUUCAGGACCAGGUUUGACCACAUUUAAAAGCUUUGUCAUUGUCCGAAUAGUUUCUCCACAAAACCAGCCGUACCGGGGGAAAUCAAAAAUGACAUAACUCCUCUUUCCAAACCAGUCGGUCAAGAACGAGUGGUUAUAAAUGCUGCCGUUUGUCUGACAUUGAGCCUUUUCCAAAAAAAAAUUUCCGUUAGUGUCAUGCUGAUUGUGCCAUGGCUGAAGUUCCCAGUGUUGCUUUUGUAAACUGAAAUAGGACAAUGAAGAUUAUUGUCUUGUGCUUAAUUUUGUCUCUGUAUUCUUUAUUUUUGACCAGCGUCAGACGGUGUCCCUUCAGCCGGUGCCCAAGAUAGAGGAAGUUCUGUACCACUACAAGCCCCUUGAAAUUGAAAUCUGCGGACCCCCGGUGCCUGAACUGGAGCAGCUCGGCAGACUUGGGUAAAGACACACCAUUUUUUACUCAUCCUGUACAGCCAAGAACAUGUUAAGGAAGUUUAGUUCCCCUAGGCUGUCACAAAAGCAACAAAAAUAGACAAAUUACUAAAGCUACGUAUUAUUUGUGCCAACUCAAUCAGCAGCUGAUGUUCGAGAAAAGUUAUCUCACCUGCAGAGCACCGACUCUCUGUAUGUAGUUGGGGUAUGGGAAGUGUUUUGCUCAUUGGUUUUAGCAUGUUAUACUGACCCAUAACCUCUCUCCAUAAGGGUAUGAAGAAAAACCAGUCAGUACGGAGUAUGGAGAGCAAAAGCAGGCGGAACACAGUCUACCAUAUAAUCUGGCUCCCAUCCACAGUAAUCUAUCCACCAUUAUAUAUCCCCUUAAACAUAUUUGUACAUGAAGGUGCAGUUGACGAUCUGUUCUUGAUCAAAAACCACAACAUGAGCAACAAAUCAGUUGAAGCUGUGUGCAUCAGAAAUGAUGGAUUUGACCGCCAUCUAAAAACAACAGGCUUUUUUAAAGUUACUGGACCUGACUCUCUAUUUUACUUUUUAAAAAUCAGCAUUAUAUACGUAUAUGUUUUUUAUUUCAACAAACGUACUCUGUAAUCACAAGUAAAUCAGCCUGUUUAUUUGGCUCAUACUGCUGACGUUAGUCUUCACAGUGAAAUGAACUUUUCACAGUGAAAAUGAGACGCAGGAGAGACAGAUGACCUAGCAUUCCUCCUGGAGAUGCAAGGAACCAAGAAAUGACAGCCUUUAGCCCCAAAUGGCCUUUGAUUCUAAGAUUGAAACUCACAUCUUUGUACAAUCUCCGUCUAACUUUAAUUGAUGCCAACUUGCUUUCUUUGCAAGGAUCUAAGAUAAAUUCAGCCUGAAGUUAUUUUCUGGGAUAUCAAAGAAAACAAUGGGACAUUGCAAACAGUAAUUCAUGAUAAAACUCUUGGUGUGGAAUUAGAGAGUGCCUGGGAAGUCUGUCUUUUCUUACUGGACUCCGUAAUAAACAGAAGAGUGAACGCAAAUGUGAAGGAGGAAGAGAGAGAGGCAGUAACAACCAUCGCUCUGCCACAAGCCGCCACAGUGCCUCUGCAGGAACGUCCAUUAACACACAGGAAGUGCUUUCCCCGACGGCCCCUUUGGGCCAAUCAAUCCACGACGCCAUUGGUCCAGUCUUUGCCGAAUGUAAGCUAUCCAUCAGACAGCCCAGCGCCCAGGCAUCUACACUGCAACUGGCUGGCACUAAAGCCUGCCCACACACCGAGAGCAGCCUGCUUUUAUUGGGUGACAGGAGCAAAUCGGGGUCAUAUUCUUUUUGGGCAAGCUCUGUGACUCGCAGCACGGCUUCACCCUGACAAUAACCUUCAUUUGGCUGAGAUAUGCAGGUUUGGACAUAAUGUCAGCAUGUUUACAGUCAGGAUGUUCUAUUGAAUUCUCAUGUUGUCUGUAGGUAAAAGUUGCUGUUGACUGUUGUUGUGCAAUCCCCUUCACCUAAUUAAAUAUGGUGAUUUCUCCUACUUAAGGUGAAGCAUUUUUCCCUGAAAGGAUAGCAGGAGAGUUUAGGCAGAAUAACUGAUACUUAUUUACAUUAUGUAUUCAGUGAAGUGCUGAGGUCCUACUUCUUUUGGCCAGGCUGAUCAAUAUGCAGAUGAAACACAUCUCACAAUUUUUGCCGCAUGCUGUAGCUCAAAGGAAGGGAGAAAAGGAGGGGGGUGGUGUCAGCAGUUCAGGGGUCCAGGAGGACCGACGCUGGAGAGGAAGAGCUCUGCCACAGAGAUAAAUGAGGUUCACUUCAGUCAGAAACAACAGUCCCACUGCUGCAGGCCGCAGGCAGCGACACAGAGAGGCCCUUUCAGACAAACCACAACUCCCAAGAUGCAAUGUGCUGUUAAGUAAAAGCAGGGAAUAGUGCUGACACUUCUGCGCAGUUGGCAGUUUGCAAACCAGCUAAGUUUGAGGUUUCGUGCAUGCAAGCUUAGAUUUACAUAGACGAUCAAGCUAACACACACUCGCACUCUCAGACGGUGUCCCUUAAAUGUGCUAUACAUUUUAUGUCAUACACACUCACUCUCACCCCCGUUAUUGCAGCCCCAGCAUUUUGACUACAAUAGAGCUUGUGUGAUGUGGUAUAAUUUCACAGUGUGUGUGCAGAGCACAGAGCAGGCAGACAGCAUGGAGAGGGUGAAAAGUUGGUCCCCUGUGUGAAGCAUUGGACUGCAGCUCUAGUCCUAUGACCUGUGAAGGGAAUAUGCUUGAAUGUGUUAGGAGAUAUGGACGUGCCUGAGUGUGGAUGAGGUGAGAGGGGCUGUGAGGGGGCAGGUACUUAUUUUAAAACACAGUUGUUUAUCUUGGUCAAGGCCCACGGUGACAGCAGCACCGCUGGUGAUUUGUCUUGGACACAACCAUCAAGUGAAACUGGAAAGUGGAGCUCACACACCCCUCCCUGGUGGCCCUGGGGCCCUUCGGGGCAGGUCUCUCGCACAGGAUGUCCAGUCAACACGGGAGUAGAGCCAUGCUUUCUGAUUUCAACUCAGUCUCUCCCUCUGUACUGCUCUCCUCCUUCUGUCCUCCUCCUACAGUGUCUGUGUCUUUUUCGCCUUGUCCCUUUGCCCCCCAAAAAACCGCAGGAGAGCUGCACGGCUGCCAGGAAAAAGAAGGGCCACGCCUCUUCAGUGUCUCUCCCUCUCCGUCAGCUGUUACCUGAAUAAAUAUGGGCUGAGCUGAGCUCUUCUAUUAAAGACAGCUGCCUUAAUACUGGAGCAGAGGAAAGGCUGCAUGUUCAGGCAAUAGGGGCCUCCAAAAGUGCCCAUUCAGCUUCAACAUCUGCCCCCCUUCACACACACAUACAUGAUCAAACUGCUCCUCCCCUGAUGUGCAAAGGUGCUUAUGAUAUGCCACAGAGGAUAAGACCCUGGCUGUGUGAGGUUUCUAUAAUGGCAGUAUAAUGCUGUCCAUCUCAUUGAAUGGCACAUACCCAGAACCAUGCGUGAGCCGUAAGAAUUAUGAGUCAGCUCUGAAUUUAAGAUUACAGUCAAGACUACAAAAGUCCUGCCAUGGCUCCUUUGCUUUUAUGCAUAACAGUAAAAGCCUUUUAAUAAACAAAAUCAAGGUUGAGGUAAAUACCGCUUUUACGACACAAAAAGAAACAUAUGAUGUUUACGUUGACAUGGCUGUGAUAUGAAUUCCAGCACACAGAAAUUGAAGCAGUAGCUCUUUUAACUCCUGCUUCCUCUUGCCAAGCCUACGCCUGCUGAUGGAUAUAACCUGAACAGAACUCUUGAAAGCAUCAAAAUAAGGAGUACCGAUGAAGUCAUGCUUGUAUUAUAGUUAAAAUAUGUCUGUUUAGACACAUGAGCUCAUUAAGGCACAUGCUGGUGGCCUGAAAGAGAAAUGUAUGUCCAUUUUUUUUGUUGUUUUUGUUUAUUUGUGUAGGAGAGCAUAUGGGUUUGAGUUUUCCCUUUACAAGAACAAACUUUAAACUUUUUUUCACUCUGACUGCGUAGGCGUUGAAAGACUGACUGGGAUCUUGGACAAGAACAAAUCAUAUGGGGGGGAAAAAAUAAGGGGAAAGAGAAAUUGGCUGCAGAGCGUUGAAAAAUUCGACUCAAACCUCAAGUGCUGACAAUGAAAGCUCGCCAGAACAGUUGUUUGUGUUGGCAUGGGUCGCCCUGAAAUUAGCCCAUCUCUUUCUGACAGAGGUUGCUCAAUGCGCUUCGCCAAAUGCCAGUGUGUAUAAUAUUAUGGAGUUUUGCCUCCUCCCCCCUUCUCUGCAUUGCUCUCUAUAAUUGGUGGAAAAAGUGAGGUUUUCUGCUGGGAGCUCUUGUCAAGCAUCCGUCUCUUGUCGGUAGAGUGAAGGAGAGCAGCUGAACGAGCAGUGUUUAGUCUGGAGCUCCUCUCAUGGGGAUAUACUUCUGUGCAGGAGGAAGCAGUCUUCAGAGCACUUUCCUCUACCAAAACAGACAACGGGUGACCAGGUGGAGGGUUGAAAAGCAAUAACUAGUUCAUUUUUUAACCAGUCCUCCUGUACCCCACAAAGAUUUCAUUAAGAGUGACUCAAUCUUUCUGUGGUCAUAAGUACUUACAUGCAGACACACAGGAGUUAUGCAGAAAUUACUUGAGCAUACAAAAUCAGUUAUAGUAAAAGUAAUAGUUGGGGUUAGGGUUACCAAACCAACUUUAACCUUACUUUCUUUCACUUCAGUAUUAAAAAUAUGCCCUACUUCUUGUCUCACAGGUGUUUGGCAGACUUAAAAGCUGAUAUAAAAGCAUGUGUUUUGUCUUUCACGGCAUACUGUACCUUCCAAUCUGUCUGUUUAUUCCCUCUUGGCUUACAGAUUGUGGGGCUGGCGGUGAUAUAAAAUCAAGCUGUGGCUGUUUAGAUGGAGUGUCUCCUCCUUGGUCCGUUGAGCAAAUGUGAGCUGUACCUGGGUCACUGUUGUUUGCAGCGUCAGCCUCUCUGGCUAUUGCUUUGUUGAAAUUACAAUCCCUCGUCUUGGUGGUGGAGAAAGUUUUAGAUUUAGUUUUAGAUAGAUUUUAACCCACUGCCUUUUCUUGUCCUUUACCUCGUGGAGGGAAAAAACAAUACAGGUAUUUCCAAGACAGAAAGCUUAAGCCUAUAUGAUCAUCCGCCAUUGUUUGUGUUUCCUGCAUAAGAUAAUCUCUUUCCAGGAUGCCUCUGUACUGAUUUAUGCUUAAGUUUUUCCACCAAGUUGGAUGAUCAGUCUCACAUAGUUGCUUGAUAUUGACGUAGAGAAAUGAGUGCUUUAACAUUUUCUAAUUGUAACUGUGUAAUUGAAUUCGAAAAGUUUCUCAAAACACUGAUUUAUACACACGUGUAGACAUGUUGUGUUCAAAGUCUACCUGAAGGAUGCUUGCUCGCUGUUCUGGUGAAGAGCCAGGGAUUAAUGGGUCUCAGAGAAGUGUUACCCUCUUGCCUGUCUUUCUAAGCUUUCCAAACAUCCCCUUGCGUCUGCGUGUUUACGUGGACGCUGUGUGUAUCUGGUUGUUUGUGUGUUGGAUCAUUUUGCAUGUUAAGUGCUUUGGUGGGAGGGAGAUAUCCAGAACAGUCAGUGGUGCCAUCACAGCCCUCAGUUCCUGGCAGCUGGCUUCACUAGCCUCUCCCUGCCUGCUUGGCCUGCCUCCAGGUCUGAACUCUACAUCUCGCUGGUUCUGGGCCUAGACGGCCAAGCACUACCAGUGACCCUUGAUUUAGCUCUAUGAGAGAGCAGGACCUCUAAACAUGGUCCACAGAGUCCUCUUGACUCCAUUUCUGUCAUCGCUAAAUUAAAGAAAACGAGGUUUAAGUGGCAUACAAAUCAGUCUUUCCUUCCCUCGCUCUCUCUUCUCCCUUUGUGCUGAAAGUGCAAGUCAGCCAUGAUGUUGGUCUCCUCCACAUAAAAAGUAAUGAUCAGCUGCUUCUGAGAAAUUUUCAGAAACAGCCAUAAGUAGUUUUUGCCAUGUACCCCAGGUUCUCAGAUCCCCUCAGGGUGCAUAUCCAUCUGAAGGGCCUGUUGGGCCUGGAAAGGCCAGAGGGGGAGGGGUCAGAGGUCGCUGACCCUGGGGGAGCUGAGGUGCAGAACCAGAACGUUAGAGUGCUGAGACUGACAGGAGCAGAGUGAUGACACCUUAGAGAGGCAGUUCUCGUGUUCUUGGCCUCAAAUAGUCAUGCACUCACGCACUCGUUUCACACAGACACAGCUUUGAUGCUGAAGUUAUGAGCUGGAGACUGGGGCGCCGGUUAGAAUGACCUCAGAUGAACUCCCACAGUCUUUGAUCUACUUUUACUACUAUAAGAUAAUGUCUCAGGGCAGAUGUUUUGCACUCAGUCAGUCAAUUAAACAUCCUCUGACGUUGUCUAAUAUUUCCAUUUAUGGGUAGAUUGUUUGUUUGGCCCUCACAAAACAGCAGGGCUUUCCCUUAAAUACUUGGGGGUUGCCACCAUAACAAGACCCAAAGUUGAACUUGGUUUCUCAGAUAUCUGAUAUCCUCCAUUCUUCCACACUACACACUCAUAGCGCGUGCCACUGUUUUGUGUUACUAGAUCCAGCAUAGCCAGUAACCAUAGACAGCAGAGCAGUGCUUCUCUGACCGUUCAAGUGUUUCCAGAGCCCAGAUCUACGCUUGCCUGCAGACGCAGCUCCCAGAUUUAAACAUUUGCAUAGCAAAACAAGAGUGCAGGCAGAAUAGAAGUGUGGAGGUUCAGGUCCGGCUAUUUGACUUGCAAACAUGUCCAUGUCAACAGGACUCCUCGUCUUCUUUGACAGCAUAUAGCCUCCACCUUGCUUCAGCUUCUUGUACUUUAUGUUCUCAUCGUUUCAGACUAGAUGAGAAACAGAGUGGAGCGCCGCCACUGUCCGAUUCCCCCACCCAGGCCAUUAUCCCGUCUGUCUAAGUAAACAGACCAUUAACAGACAGAGCUGGUGGAGGCCAGAUCACUAUUGUUUUCCCUCCCAUAGAUCUGUGCAAAUAUUGAUCCUCUCUUGAAGUAUGAGUCAAAAUAAGCACAUGCUGUCGUUGACUGGAGGCUUUUUACUCGUGGGUGAGUCAUUUGUGACCCAAAGAGCGGGCGGAAACAGAGGGAACAGAGCGGGAGAAACAUUUGUCCUGUGUGUAUUCUGGUCAUCUGAAAGAGCUCUGCUUUUAGUGUUAUUGUUUUCCCUUGGUGGGCCGUGUGCCAGACAGACCAGCAGUCUCCUCCCGGGAUGAACCCAGGCCGGGCUAAACCAGGCCAUUGCUAGUGUAGGAGACACUGGCAGGCAGGGAACUCCAAGACAUCAGUGGCAAAUUUAUUUGUGUUGCAGCCGAGGGGCAACUGGGUCAACACCCAGAGGAGGUGAAUAGAUGUCUUCUGACUGUCUUAACAACCAUGUCUGUGUAGAGGUUUGCAAAGCAGCUCCAUGUUGUGGUUUUUAGUCUGCUGGUACUUGUUUGGUGUCUUUUUCACUCGAACUCUGUCAGACUUGAACUUUGUGCUUCUCUCCUGCUCUUCACCCCUGGGGCAAAGGGCCCAGCAAUGUAAAGGGGGAUUAAACGGCUCAUUUUGCCCUCUUAAGAGCUGGAGAAAGAAAACAAACUCCCACCCUGUGGGAUUUGGCUGAGGGGACUCACCACAUACACCUCAUGGUUGGAAGUGCUUCUUCACCCUGAUGUAUGAAUUAAUAGCCCCUCUGCUGUCACCUUUGUUUUCUUCACUCCCUCCCCUCUCUCCUCCCUUGCUUUUUUUCUCAUCUCUCCUCCUAAUUGAAAUCCUUUUUUUUUCCCCCUCUCCCUAGUGCUCGAGGUGCUACAGUAACUGAUACCUGUGAAGACAACCCCUCUCCCCUCAGGAAUACCCUAUUCUUCCUCUGUGUAUCAGUUCUCUAUUCCCUGAAUGGGACAUCUUACUGUCAAGGCUCCUUUGCUUAUGCUCCCGUAUGGGUGUGCCUUGUGCUAGCAGCCAUUCACUGAACAGCAUAUGUCCUUCCAUUGUUUACAGCCCCAUUUGGUUAACGAUGACACUGAUGUCAUGUUAUUAUCCUCCUUCUCCUGUCUGGUUCACCCCCACACCCCCACCUCUCCCUCCCCCUUCCUCUAAACUCUCCGGGGGGGCAGAGUUAUCAAGUGGCAGCUCUGGAGACGAAAGAAAGAUGCUCUCCGUAUCAAGUGGCCAGCGGCUUGUGUGAUGCCUCUCCAAACCCAACGGCUGCUGCGGUUAGAUGCAAAGGCAGCUGCCCAGGCUGUCAGCCAGCCUUUACUGCCCCCAUCAGGGCAGACGCAAGAAGUGCAGGGCCGAGACCGGACAGAAAGCUCUGGAUAAGAAGUGACAGGUGACACUUGGACCAGGAAGUGAAGUGGCACAAAAGGCCUUUAUCUCAGGAACUCCAUAAUGCUAUCAUUUAUAGACAGAGCACAUGUGUACCUCUCUGUCAUUAUCACAAACGCCAACAAGCUGCUUUCUUGUGGACAGCUUACAGCUUGUCAGUCACUCUGUAAGAGAAUGUAUUUCUAUAAGCGUUAAUGUCAAGUGUCACCCAAAGCUUCUGUUAACACUCUAAACAUGCUCUCCCCUUAACUAAGUGUCAGUGAUACCCGCCUCCCCGCUGCUCCUCUCUUUUUAGGAUGCAGCCUCAGUUUGUCACUGGUGAUGAUAAAACACUCGAUAAUGGAUAAGGGGUCCGCGGACUCCUGAGGAUAUGAUGUAAGCGCACCGAACCCCCUCAGACACACUCACAGAGCACAACUUGAGAUAAUCUAGCGGACAGCGGGGAGGCUGACGGCCGAGGAUCUGUCUCACACACUCUCAUGUCCCAGAGGAAGCUUCAUUCGAUGGAAGAGAGUGUGACCUUUGACCUGUAGUGAUGAAAGACCGCUGUUGACAGAUAUAGUAUACCUGUGAGAGUCCUCUGUGUUUAGCUUGUCUGUGGGGGUUUUUGUUUCUGGAUCACAGCCUGGACCAAUUCACAGGUCCUCAUAGUGGUAAAAACUCUACGCCGUUGCUUUUUCAUCCGUAUUGAUACAAACAGCUCUGGCCUUAGAUAAACAUGCAUUCACACAUAUAUGAACACACAUGGGGGACAAAAACACACACCGCACAUCCACACAAUGAUCUCAGUGUGCUGUAUCUCUCACAGGGGUACAUUUUCUCUCAGGGAAGAGUGUAAGAAGGAGGGGGGGGGAGAUGGGGUAGAUGGUGCUGGGAGUGUAACCGGAGCUGCUUGAGGAAUGCAGGGGGUGUUUUUGGAAGACUGGAGUGGAGUUUGAGGGGUGAAAGGAGGGGGGAUGACUCAAGGGGUAGGAUGGGUGAUUAGGGGGUGACAGCUGAGUGCUGACCCCUCUAUAAUGACAAAUCAUCUGGCAGGUGUGUGGCUCACCCCCCCUCCCUCCUACACCCCCUCCUCUCCGUCCUCAAGCCCCCAACAUUUUCAAGCCAGGAAUCCUCCACCGCUGCUGCCGGAGCGGAGCGCUAAAGGAAGACUUCCGGACAUCCGCACUGCCAACCAGCAGCCUCAUGACAGGCCCCUGAAGUAUGAGGCAGCUUCUGUGUAGAUACAGGCUGCUCCUUUGCUCAUCAUGUACUCGACACUCACAACUAAUCACCUGUGCUUGAAUGAAUGAGGCUAAUGAGGCUUCAGUCCUUGGUACAGUCUCAGGUUGGGUCGGUUUUAUUGAUUCAUCUUUGUAGUCCUUUUUUUUUUUUUCCUCCUUCAAGUGUAGAUUUAAGAAAACAGGACUUCAUCUUCAACUUUAUGUCAGUCAGCAUACACUGCGUGGGUCAUGAAUCAUGCUGAGGACAAGCUGAAUCCAAAAAGCUUCUGUUCUUUUCAAGAAAAAACAAAGGCUGACCCUGGAUCAGUGAGGGGGCUGUGAAAGCUAAUCUAAGGCCAGGUCUGAAGUUACAAGGUUAGUACAGCCAGACUUUAUAAUCCAUGGAUCAUUUCUAAACAUCCCACUCAUGCAGAUUUGCCUCAUCUGUUCCUCUCUAUGGACUGAGCCGGUUUAUCGUUGUUGGACUUUACGUUAUGUCUGAAUGUUUUUAAGCCAACAAAGUAUCUGCUUUCUUUAGUAGCCGCUGUAGCAUUACAGGCCUCUUUUCUUUUCCAUCUAUCCCCCUGCUUCCACAUCUCCUCUUAAUCCAAUUCCAGCCAACACAUGGAGUCUAGACAGGAGGCCCAACACAGCCUGCACCUCACCCUGAUAUCUACUCUUCUCCCUCCAGUCCUGACCUGGCAGCUAUUUCCUCUAAGAACCCCCAACACCCUGAGUUCCACCGAUCCAAACGCAGAGAGGAGCCGCGCAUUCUUAGCUGGAAAUCAUGCAGAACCCGCUGGAAUAUUUCAACACUUAUCUUUUCACUUUGAAUUAAGGAUGGGGCCGUGCUGUGUUUUCCAGGCAGCCGUAGCAAUAGUCCUGUCAGGAAAAUCUCUGAGUGUUGUUAGCAUUAGCAGGAGACAUUGCCCAGGUAUACAGAGUUUCAGACUUGAGUGGAAAAAUGUUGUUUGAUGUGAAUAUGUUUGAUCCAACUCUACAUGGACAAAAGACAGAGGGGAAUCAAUUAAAAGCAGAGGAUAUAAAAAGCACCAAACUAAAAAGAAACAAACCCUGAAUUUUACUCAUGCUGCACUUUUUUCCUGCGAGUAUCUUGUUAUACUAUCAUUGAUAGUCUUGAUGCUAUUAUUUCAUGCCUAUUGCUUCACUUCAUUGACGAAGAAAUGGAAAAACCUGCCAAAACAUACAGUAAUAUCACUCCUUCUCCUGUGCAUGCUAAUGGAAAUCCCCUGCAAAUAUUCCCUUGUGGCAAUCACUCCAACACACAAACCGUCAUACUGUGCCAUUCAGUUGUCUUCAUCACCUGCACCCGUCUUUUCCCACUCCACCCCCCUAAGCGACAUAAUGGGCCAGUCCAAAGUGACCCAUAUUUACCCAAUAAUACAAGGCUUUGAAAAGACCCAUAUCAAGUUGCAGCUAAUGCUCCAGUGGGGCCUGGAGAGUGAAAGAUGUUACCGGCCGAAACGGCUAAGGUUUCAGGGCCCUGCGAAACACAAAAGGCAGUCCAGUCCUUAGAGGGAAAGGGAUGGGGAGGGGAGUGGGAGUGGGAGAGUGAGUGCACACACUGUGAAACAGUAGCGUCAGAGGGUCUCGUAGCGUCUGUUUGAGAGUGGUUUGUGCGUUGUUUUAUGACAGGAAGAUGUGUUAAGAACAUGAGUGUUAUUGUAAGAAAGCGCGCCACACAUUUCAAGGCGUUUCAUGUCGAUGCAUGUCUUAGAUCGCUCUUAAUGUCUCCGCGUUGUCAAGUACAGUCAUGUGGAAAGAGUUUAUCUUUCAGCUUCACCUGCACCCAAACCUGGUCAUGUGUACGUACAUGCAAGCAAGCUGGCCUUUACAGGAAGAUGCGGAAACGGCCGCUGAGUUAAUGGAGCAGAACUGAACUAACCUCGGGCGUUUGGGGUGAGCAGAGGGCAGACAGGGUUGGUUAAAGAGAAGAGGGUUUGUGAUGAUGAUACCCAAAGGUGAUUUCACCUCACAUCCUCCUCUCUCUCCCUCGCCACUUCCCACCCCACCCUCUUACCCCUUACCCCCAUCCUCUCCCUCUCCUUCAUGUUCUCUCUCCUCUCCUCAGGGGCAGGCAGGUAUAAAGUUACACAGAGCUCUCAGCUUUCUUGGAAGGAAUGACCACAUGAGUAGCUUGGGGAUUAGAUUAGCAGGAAGAGCAGACUUAGCCGGGCUGUAAAUAGCCCACUUUUUUCACCAUUAAAAAGGCCUUAGUACAAUAUAAUCAAUAGAUAGCACUCAUCUGAUGCAGGAAGCCAUAUGAGAAGACCUCCCUCAAGUGCUCUGAAGGACAGGCUACAGCAGCUUGUGCCUAAUGAAGUUAUUAUUAAUCACUGGGCCUCCUGUUUUGAACUUGUGUGUUGUUUCUCUAGUGGCUGAUGAGUGGUCUUUGUGUGUGAGCCUGAUUGACAUCAUGUGCUACUCUUCUUUUCACUUUCACUGUCUGUACUGUAAGACUAGCCGAGGUGAUGCUGUGACAUUCAGGAGUUUUUUUUGCCUUUGUGUCAGAGUCAUUUCAGUGACCUUUCAUCUGUUUUUUUUUUUUUAGUCAAGGCCACAAACAAACUACACUUUAGAGUCAUCAAACACCAAAUCCAAACACAAUCUUUUCUGUUUGUAGUCUCACCAACACCUUUUCUUCCUCCCUGCAUAUCUCUCUUUCAUUCACACACACACAUACACUCUUCAACUCUCUCAGUCUCUCUGAGCCUCCCCACAGGUGUUAGGUUACUCUGUAAAGCAGCUUGAAUGGGCACAGAAAUCACAGAGGGCCGUCUGUGCUCUUGAUUUCUGUCUCACUUUGAAGUUUUCCCGGCUCACAGGAACAGGGGCCACAAAGCCAGACUCGUGUGAGGGCUUUAGGACUAUAUGAUUCCUGCAGGGUGGGGUGGAGGGGAGAAAGUAUUGACAGGCAGGAGUACGUGUUGUCUCAGUUGUCGGAGGAUUUUGCUUUUUCGCUUUGUAGUCAGAUGCUGCAGGAAAACAGUGCAGAACACAUGCGGCACCGCUUUUUGACAGAACAAAACAGUGAAGGAAGGAUUAGACUCAGUGGGGGACAAAGGUCAGUCCCCUUUUUACAUAUACACAUCCUUAGGAGAGGGGAAUCUUUCAGUGCAGGGACGAGAUGUGGAGACUAAAUUAAGAGUGUGACAGAUUUUUUCUCUGUGCUGGACUGUGAAAAUAAACAGUGACUUUUGGCUUUGCUUAAGAACCUGAAAAGAGGCUUUGGCAGGCUACAUCUGUAAGCACUUAGAAAAUAAAAGACACCCAUAAUACUUUAAUAGAGCCAUGUUGGAGAGGCUUUUAGGCACAAGGUGUUCCAGUGUUAGUGUAUGGGUACGUCUGUCUUGGUUGAUCUCAUCAAAGGGCCAAAGGGUCGCAGAAAGCCAGAGAAAAUAACUCUGAGUGUGGAUUUAAUGAAGAAUAAACUUUCACUCAAGUUACACUCACAGGAACUGCUUUUUAAACCAGCGCCCUGCCUGCCACUCACUCACUCCCUUAAUUUACAAAAUAGUUCUCUGCUGUGACUGACCAGGACUCUCUCUGUGUGUUCUCAGGUAUCUGAACCACGUGCGGGCUGCCAUGCCUCAGGACACAGCUGGAGGAUACACCUCGGCUUUGGCUUGUCAUCGGGCCAUUCAGGAUGCUUUCAGUGGACUGUUCCCUCAGAGAGGAUGAUCGCAGCCACUGGUGAGAAAUGUGGAAAAAAAGGACUUAAAAGUACCCUACUGCCGCCGCCAUGGAGCAGGGGGAAGCUGCUGCAGCACACUCAGACUUAUUUCUGGUCAGGGUUUGUGUGACUCUUUGUUUCACUUUGUAUUCUUUUUAUAUUAAAAUAAAUCACAAUGACAAUGGCUUA